AUGGGAGCAACAAGGCCAUCUUCGUUAACAAGUGCUCUUUCUGACAUUCGUCUACUGCUGUGGAAGAACUUCAAAAUCCAAUGGCGUCAUCCGGUUCAAAGUUUAGUCGAGCUUCUCUUACCAUGUUUGCUAGUUUUCAUUUUGAGCAUGUUCCGUGGUUCAGUGGAAGUGACAUAUUUUCCCGAUGCAACACUUUACAAAAAUUUUCACUUGACCGAUGUUGAUUCGAAGUUAUUUCCAACAAACAGUACUUUUGCCGUGAUGUACACUUCAGACAACAAGGAAAAUGGAGCAAUCAUGGCAGAAGCAGUACAAAUGUUGAAAGAUGCUUUGAAAAUAAAUUUCAAGCCCAUGCCAUUCAAUGACUCAACAACAAUGGAACACUACUACCUCACGGCACAGAAUGUAAUACGCGAUGGCCAGGUUCUCUGUGGAGUGGAAUUUGUCGAAAUGUCCAGGAACAAAAUUCAUUUCAAACUGCGAUUUGCCUCAGUGCCGCGCUACUAUGCUACUUCGAAUAUUCGCGAAAACUGGGAAACCAUUCACCUGAUGCCAGAACUGACUUCUCCUGGGCCACGUGAGAAGAGCAAAGUGGAUGGCGGAAAACCAGGUUACGCAAGAGAAGGCUACCUACUUAUGCAACAUACGAUAAUUUUGGCCGCCGCCAAAGUUUUACAAAAUCCACCAAAACAUAAACAAGAAUUUAACUGGUCUCUUGCUCGAUUUCCGUUUCCGCCAUAUGUUUCAGAUUUGUUCCUCUUCGCGCUAUCUUUUCUCUUUCCAGCAGUUAUUGUAUUCAGUUUCAUUUAUUCUUCUGUAAACCUUACCAAAAACCUAGUAAUUGAAAAAGAGAGAAGAAUAAAUCAGUUCUUGAAAAUGGCCGGUCUUAAGGAGCUUGAACACUGGAUUUCCCAUUUCCUACAUUCCAUAAUUUGGUCAUUGCCAAGUCUGGUCAUUUUGGUCGUACUUCUUUGUGUCAAACUGAAAGAAGGCAUUGCCAUUUUAAACUUUAGCAACCCAUUCUUGCUGUUCCUUUUUUUCUUCAUUUAUGAAACCAACAACAUCUGCCUUUGUUUUAUGAUCAGCACCUUCUUUUCCAAGGCCAACCUGGCGGGAAUAGCCACUGGUGUGAUCUUUUUCUUCACCUUCCUUCCCUUCUUCACGGUAGUCGCCCAGUAUAGCACCAUCAGCUCGGCCCUCAAGAUAAUCUAUUGCUUUCUACCAAAUACUAACAUGGCAUUUGGUAUAUACAUUAUGGCCAUGAAAGAAUCGCGCGCAGUGGGCAUCGACUGGAGCACCAUUUCCGAGCCAGCAUUGCCUGGUGACAUUCUUAACCUACUACUCAUUCUGGGUCUAAUGUUGGUCAACUCGGUCAUUUAUCUGUUGGUCACCUGGUACACCACACAGGCAUUCCCGGGAGAAUACGGCGUGGCACUGCCUUGGUACUUUCCGUUCACUCUUGACUACUGGAAGGGUGGAAAAGAUCAAGAAUUUAGCGAAUUAGCUAAUAUAAAAUCAGAAAAUGAUCAGGAAAAUGUAGAAAAGGAUCCAUUUAAUUUAAGAGCAGGGAUUAAAAUUGUAAACCUAAGUAAAAGCUAUGAUGGCAAAACUUAUUCAGUGAGCAACUUGAACCUCAAUAUUUUCCACGGUCAAAUAACGGCACUAUUAGGCCAUAAUGGAGCUGGCAAAACGACGACCAUCUCAAUUCUAACUGGCCUUUUCAAGCCCAGCAGUGGCACUGCUCUCGUCAACGGAUAUGAUAUUCGAACAAACAUGAAUGCAAUUCGUAGCAGCUUGGGAAUUUGUCCUCAAUACAACGUACUCUUUGAUGAAUUGACUGUGACAGAGCACCUUGAGUUUUACUGUAAACUAAAACGAGCCGAUCUCAAUGCAAAUGAAAUCAAACAAGAAGUAAAAUCAAUCAUUGAAAAGCUCGACUUGACUGAUAAACAAAAAGUACAGUCCAGUAAACUGUCAGGUGGAAUGAAAAGGAAACUAUGCGUGGGAAUUGCACUAAUCGGUGGCUCAAAAGUGGUCUUUCUGGAUGAACCAACAUCUGGAAUGGACGUUUCAGCGAGAAGGUUCAUAUGGGAUCUACUACUCAAAGAAAAGGAACAUCGAUCUAUACUGAUAUCGACGCAUUUCAUGGAAGAGGCAGAUAUUUUAGGCGAUCGAAUUGCCAUUAUGGCAGGAGGCAAGUUGCAGUGCUGUGGCUCUCCCUUGUUCCUCAAGAAACGCUACGGAACUGGAUACGGACUGACAGUCGCCAAAAGAAACACCAAAGUGGAAACAGAAACAAUCAAUGAAAUGAUCUUGAAGCACAUUGAUAGCGCCAAAUUGGAGAGUUCCGUUGGCACCGAGGUGACUUACUCAUUACCAGACGAUAAAACAGAACUAUUCGAGCCAUUGCUGUCAGAGCUGGAGUCUAAUGAAAACAUAUCAAACUACGGAAUUUCGGUGACCACAAUGGAAGAGGUUUUCCUCAAAGUGGGCGAUUACGCCAAAAACAAAAUAGAGUCUAUGACAGAUUUGAAUGAACGUCAAAAGCAGUUGGAUACCAAUAGUAAACCAGUAGCGAGGAAUUAUGGGUUAACACUACUGAGCCAGCAAUUGAGUGCGUUGGUAAUGAAGAAGAUUAUUUUCUCGGCACGCAGUCCAUUCCUGACCGGUGCCCAGCUGUUGAUUCCCUUCCUUAUUCUCAACAUGACUUUGCUAUCACUCAAGGCAAUUCCGCGACUCAAGGAAUCGCCGCCACUUCACAUGGAACUCAAUCAAUUCCACAAUCCUCAGGUCACAUACUUCUAUGAUCCAACAGUGCAGCAGGUGGCAUCAAAGUACGCCGAUGCAAUUCGGUCACAAAUUGCGAGUAGCGAGAAAAUCAUCGGCAUUCCCAACACCGACCCGACAGUGAUUGCCACUAAAAUCAUCUCCAGUCCAAUUAGCGUCUACAAUUACCAGUACAUGAUUUCUGCAAUAAUUAGUCAAAACAGCACCACAAACAUCACUACAUUAACGGGACUGUUUAACAAUCAGGCAUUUCACACGCCCUCGAUCGCACUAAAGUACAUUGACGAGGCCUACAUUCGCUACGUCUACGGGCAGUCGAACCUCUCUAUCACGGUGACUAACCUACCGCUGCCCUUACUGACUGUGGACAAUCUGAAAAUGUCCGUCAUGACCAAUCAAACGCAGUUUCAGGUGAUGCAAGGAUUAAUUUUGGCUAUUUCCUUUCUGGUUGGCAGUUUUGCAGUGCUAGCUGUCAAAGAACGAGUCACUAUGGCAAAACAUAUUCAAAAACUGAGUGGGGUACGAGUUAGCGUGUACUGGCUGUCCUACUUUCUCACCGAUUACGUCUUCUAUUUAUUAUCUUCUUGCUUGAUGGUGAUCGCCUUUGUCAUCUACAAAGAGAAUGGCUUAUACCAAGAUAAGCAACCUUUCUACCUGGCACUCGGAUUUGUGCUGCACGGAUUCGCCAUUCUGCCUUGCGUCUAUGCACUCUCCUUCAUGUUCAAUGCACCGGCAACGGCUUACGCCCGAAUUUGCCUUUACGUAACCGUGCUUGGAAUCGCCUCCAUUCUCUCUGACCAGAUCACCUCAAUCAAAGCCCUAGAUCUUCUAAAUACGAAUCGAAUAUUAAAGCCAAUCUUGUCACUGUUUGUCCCGGUAUAUGACCUAGGCAAAGUUGCAGCAAACCUAAUGCAGAACUAUGACACCAAUAAGGCGUGUAACAUGGACGGUGUCCAAUUUCUGUGUUCAUUGGCAACGACGCCAGAAUUUGUCAUACCAUGCUGCAAAG